UCCUUGUGCGAUUUGUGAAACAGCUUGUGAGUGGUGCUGAAACCAAACCGAGGCUGCGACGUCAUGUAAAAACUCAAAACCUCACCCAGAGGAGCAAGAGCGGGCGGCGAUAGAGACGUAGACAGAUUGGAGCGACGGGGAGGGACGCAGUUUACACCGGACACAUUGCAGGAUGCGUGAAUACAAGUUAGUUGUGCUCGGUUCGGGAGGUGUCGGAAAAUCUGCUCUGACCGUGCAGUUUGUCCAAGGAAUAUUUGUGGAAAAAUAUGACCCAACAAUAGAGGACUCGUACAGAAAGGCAAUCGAGGUCGACGCGCAGCAGUGCAUGCUGGAGAUCCUGGACACUGCGGGGACGGAGCAGUUCACGGCGAUGCGGGACCUGUACAUGAAGAACGGACAGGGCUUUGCGCUGGUCUACUCCAUAACGGCACAGUCCACCUUCAACGACCUGCAGGACCUGAGGGAGCAGAUCCUGCGGGUCAAAGACACAGACGACGUGCCCAUGAUCCUGGUGGGGAACAAGUGUGACCUGGAGGAGGAGCGGGUGGUGGGCAAGGAGCAGGGCCAGAACUUGGCCCGACAGUGGAACAGCUGUGCCUUCCUAGAGUCCUCCGCCAAGUCGAAGAUUAACGUUAACGAGAUCUUCUAUGACCUGGUUCGGCAAAUCAACAGAAAAACCCCAGUACCAGGCAAAACACGCAAAAAGUCCACCUGCCAACUUCUCUAAUACACAGCUGCACUCUUGCUCUGAGCCAGGUCUGAUGAACUGCUGUCCCUCUCAGUGGUGCCAGCAUUCCGACUUUACUAAACCGACAUCCAGCAGACUUUCCUGUGUGGCCAUAACCCCUUAGCAACAGAAAUCAACUGACCGGCCAAUCAAAGAUACCACGUCAGUUUUUUUUUUUUUUUUGAUUUUUGUUUUUUGUUUUUUUUUGCACAUGGAUAACUGUAAUUGACUGCCAGUGCUGCAAAACGAGAGAUUUUUACUAUAUAAAUAUAUAUUCUAAUCAUAUGCAACUGAAAUAAAGCAAGGCCCAGAACCUACACACACAGUAUUACUGCUAAUGAAAAAUACACCUUCCUUCAGCCACCAUUGUACAUGUAAUAAUCUGAUGCCUGACCCAGCUGCACUCACUAGGGUUCAUUUUGGCAAGUGCUAUGAUGACUAUUAUAUACCAUGAUAAAUAUGUAGUGGUGCUUUGGAUAUGUAUAUAUAAAUCACCACUAUUUUAGCCAGAGAGGAAGUCCAAAGAGCACCUAUAUAGCCAAUUUCAUACAGUUAACUUUGCUCCUUGGAUAUUUUGUUCUGUUUCCCUUUUUCCCCUUGUCUGAAUCUCUUUUCUUCUUUUUUUUUAAAUCACUAGAUUUUGUUCUACCGAAAUGCUAUAUUGCGAAUGCUAUUAAUAUGAUUUUUAUCUUAGGCAAACCUGUGGAUACAGUGAUGUCUGUGUAAAGAGAAUAUAAGUACACUUUUCUUUCACUGUUAUAUUGUCCUUAGCCUGAGAUACUGCCUUCAAAUUUGCUUCUCCCCAGGAAAGUCGCACAAUAUUUUCAAGUCAACCUUUUAUUAUUAUUUUUAAACGUUUGUAUAAUGGGGGUUCACAGCAGGGUUUCUGUUGGGAGGGAAGGAUCAAGUUCGGCAAAAGACCUACAAAGUGAGACUUCAGAUUCUGUCACUGUCUACAUUGCCUCAGAUUUGAGCCGUCAUGGCCGCCGUUUCAGUUUGAGCCAUCAGGUUCAGGUCAACUUGCACACUGUCCUAUUCCUCUUUAAAGAGUCCUGAUCUACAACAGGAAAUAUAUAUAUAUUUUAACAUGAGGGUUUUUUUAAAGACAAAAAAGUAAGAGUAAGAGAAAUCACUCUCCGUGCUUCUGUCGCUGUAGAUCCUCACUGUAAUCUCCCUUUCCCCCAUCUCUGCACCCCAACCCUUGUCUGCUCAUGCAUUUCUUGUAAAUUUAGGAUAUAAACAAAAAUUUUGUCCAAUAAGAAAAGAAAGAAAAAAACAUUGCCUGUUAGUGAUUGUUUCUCCUGUGUAAACAUUUGGGGAGAUGUUACUUGGUGGACAACUAACUGUGGGUUUGUCAGUAAUGAAUGUUGGGCAACUUUUUUUAAAAGACCGUCAUGGUCAGCUGGUGGAUGGAAAGGUUUUUUUUCUGUGUUUUCUGCUGACUUAUUUAAAAAAGAAUGCCUUGUUGCUUUGUAUGCAUUGAAAAAAAAAACAAAAAAAAUAACAACAAAAAAAACUCCUGGAUGUAAAGACUGUGUGUAUAUGUCCCAGAGCAAGGCCACAGUGUUUGAAGUGCAAGACCAGUUGGGGGGGCGUGGCCAAAUGUAAACUUCAAAAAAAAAAAAAAAAAAAAAAAAAGCCUUAAUUAAAGUGGUGCAAUUUUGUACAACCUCGCAUCUGUAGUUCAAUAAAUCGGAUUGCCAUGCAAGGGCUCGUAGUGAAGAUCUACCAGCCGAAAUGUUUGUUGUGUUACUUUUUACUCUUGCCAGUAACGUUAAGGUGUUGAAACCCUUCUCCUAUCAUUGCCCGGAGCUGGCUACAACAUGUUGGCAAUGUUGUGAGAAUGUUUUGUGUGAGUUUGGGGAAAACAACGUCGGCGCACGUCUGAUGCGAGUUGUGUGGAACCUUCUUGAGUGGAAAUCUGCAUCCUUUUCAACUGACUCUACGCUGUAAAUGAUGCCACUGAUUUUGGGAUCAAACUGUAAAAUUUUCAGGUUUGAAUAUUAGCAUGUGAGCCUAUAUUUUUUAAAGGUGAAAAGUAUAUUAAAAUGAAUGGAGUAAAAUCUCUUUGAUUACCUC